GGCGGCCCGCAGUCAUUCCCACACGGAACUUCCAAAGAUCAACAUGAAACUGGCUGUAUUAGUGCUCCUGGGCGUGGUGGCUCUGGUCGCCGCCCGACCCGACACUCUCCUCGACCUGGACGACAUCCACCACGACCUCGACAUCGCCGACGACUCCUCCGUCAGCGGCUCCUACAGCUGGACCUCUCCCGACGGCAACCAGCACUUCGUCAAGUACGUCGCUGACGAAGACGGAUACCGCAUCGUGGAGUCCAACGUCGUUCCCGCCACCGCCGAGGGCACCAAGGCCGACGGUUCCCAGGGGUCCUUCGUGUCUCUUGAGGACCUCGAGGACUUCGACAAGAAGUAAAUCACCAAGAAGAUCAUCUUACAGACGCUGCGAGGUCACGAAGGAGUGCCUCCUGCCUCACAUCAUGUUCCCUCUUAAUUCACCAUUCUACUUCCUGUCGCUUCUUGUUUCUACUUCCCAUUUAUCACAUUAUUUACCCUCAUCCCAGCUUCAUAAGAUUUCCUUGCCUCUGCUUUAUUCCUUUCAUCAAUAAUACAUUAUGUUUUGUCAUUCCAUUGUACCUUAUUUAUUGAACAAAAUAAAAGAUUCAAUUCAGUACAAA